AUGUUCCAGCCUAAGCCAGUAGAACGUUCUACCAACUACCACAAAAAUAUCUGUCGUCCCGAUGGCACAGCCAUGAACCAUCCUAGCGGGCACAGAAAAGCCGCUUAUGUGGAUGCCAAUUGCAGGCACGUUUUCAGCCUACCGGAGAACUCGCAUCUCAGCCAACAAAAGCCCAUCCGUCGUGCCAUUAGGAAUCACGCUGUUGUUGUUGGGAACUUCACAGAACAGAAGCUCGUUGAGAUUGUGCAGUAUCUCAUCGGCCGAGGUGUUUCUAGCUCCCCGGCCGCUGCGACUCUUGAAUUUCCAGAUCUCCGUUGUACCGAUAUAUCCGGUGCACAGAGCCCUGUGGAAUCACUGACUGAGUGCCAAACAAGGAAGAUGGUGACAUUCGAUUUGUCGUGGUUGAGAGGCUCAUUAGACGAUGAUAGCUAUGCCGACCUCACCUUGGUUUCUUCUGUCAAAGAGUACUCCGCCCAUAGAGUCAUUGUUCCGAAGCACCAAGCAGGACCCUUCGUGUGA